AUGGACAUGGUCGACAUCCCAGGCUUCGAGCUCACGGCAGAAGACUAUGCCAGAAAACACAAGGCUCUCGUCCGCAAGAUCGACUACAGACUCAUGCCUUGUCUUUUGGGUAUGAUUGUGCUCAACUACCUCGACCGCAAUGCUCUGCCCAAUGCAAGAAUCCAAGGCAUUGANAAAGAUCUGGGACUCAAGGGCGAUCAGUUCAACACAGCCAUUUCUGUGCUGUUUGCUGGUUACAUUGCACUUCAGAUCCCUUCUAAUAUGCUCUUGACAAGAGUCCGACCUAGUAUCUACCUUGUGAGUAUUCUUUCUCCCUACAGCGUACAAGAACCACUUGCUGAUUUUGUUAGNCCCGUCUGUAUGGCUCUCUGGGGUGUCGUAUCCGCUUGUACGGCUCUUGUACACGACUUCAACGGCUUGGUCGUGACGAGAUUCUUCCUUGGAUUCAUGGAAGCACCUUACUUCCCUGGCGCUCUGUUCUUGCUUUCUUCGUGGUACACUCGUAAAGAGCUCGCUACUCGUACUGCCGUCCUCUACACCGGAAGUCUCUUGUCCAGUGGUUUUGGUGGUCUUGUUGGUGCUGGUGUACAGUAUGGUCUGGAUGGAGUCCACGGUCUGGAGUCUUGGAGAUGGCUGUUCAUCAUCGAAGGCUGUGUUACCGUGGCCUUUGCCUUGACUUGCAUGUAA